AUGGCUGACAACGCCGACCCAGUCACGGAAUCAACCGACAAGCCCGCCGCCGUGCGCGAGUCUAUCGAAGCGAAGCCGUCGUCCGAGGCAGAGGUCAACAUGGCCGACGCCGCCGACGCCGCCGACAACACCGCCCCCGCAGAUGUGCCUGCCACCGCCGCCGCUGCUCCAGCUUCAGAGUCGCAAACAGACGCGCACGUAGAAGCCGACAAGGGUACUGAUGCUGGUGCCGGUCUCGAUGCCGAAGCCGAGCCCGAGGAGAACCGAGCUCCCGAGCGCAUUCAUAACGACAUGCUCACCGUCAUCGAGAAUCUUGCCAACUACCUCACCGCGUACCAGGACGACGACGGAUAUCACAUAGCCUCACAGUUUCAGCGCAUCCCCAACCGACGCCUCCUUCCAGACUACCACGAAGUAAUCAAGGAGCCCACCGCCUUCAGCACUAUCCGAACCAAGAAGCUCAAGAAGCAAUAUACAACAUUUCCCGAGUUCGUGAGAGACGUCGCGCUCAUCACCCACAACGCCCAGGUGUACAACCGACCCUCCUCACAGGUCUUUAAGGAUGCCGUCCAACUUCGGGAAGUGUUCAAGGAGGAACUGCAGAAGCUUGUCGACGACGAGACCAUCACAGCUGACGAGGCCAUCCUCCCCGAUCUGGGCGAGAUUCCCGACGCUGAGGACUCCGCCCCAGAAGAAGAAGAAGAAGAAGAGGAAGAAGCAGAUGAAGAGGCAGACGAGGAUGAUGAAGACGACGAAGACGACGAGGAUGAUGACGACUCGGAUGAUGACGGCGUACGGCGUCGCGGGAGGCGUGGAGGGCGUACUUCGACCGCCGGCCGCAAGUUGGACUCGCGAGAUGACGACCACAAGAAGAGAGGCCGUCCACCCAAGGUUUUUACGCCCGUCGAGGCUCGAAUUCAUGCCUUGCUCAAGGGACUGCGUAAACUGAAGCAUCCGGAUGGCGACCUGUUGAUCGUUCCCUUCGAGAGACUUCCCGACAAGGCCACCAACCCAAACUACUACACCACAAUCGCCAACCCUAUAGCCCUGGACACCAUCAAGAAGAAGUACAAGAGGAAGAAGUACCAAAACGUAGACCAGGCUAUGAAGGAUAUCGAUCUGAUGUUUGGGAACGCCAAGGAAUACAACGAAGACACGAGCCAGAUAUUCCAGGACGCCGAUCAGCUGCACCGCCACGCUCACGUCCUGGCCGGACAGGAGAAGGCGAAGCCCGACGACCAAUUCGAGGACGAGGAUGGCAGACGGCCCUUGCCGGAUAUUCGUCACAACGGUGAGAUCUGGAGAGUCGGUGACUGGGUCCACAUCACCAACCCGAACGACCUUACUAAGCCUAUCGUCGCCCAGAUCUACCGGACCUGGCAAGAUCGCCAGGGGCAGCCGUGGGUAAAUGCAUGCUGGUACUACCGACCAGAGCAGACGGUCCAUCGCUAUGAGAAGCAUUUCCUGGAGAACGAAGUGGUCAAGACGGGACAGUACCGCGACCAUCGCAUCGACCAGGUUGUGGAUCGGUGCUUUGUCAUGUUCGUAACGCGGUACAACAAGGGCAGGCCGCGAGGGCUUGCGAAGGACAAGGAGGUCUACGUUUGCGAGGCUCGAUAUAACGAGGAGAAGCACAAGCUGAACAAGAUCAAGACCUGGGCCAGCUGCGUGCCUGAUGAGGUGCGGGAGAAGGACUAUGAGAUGGACCUCUUCGAUGUCCCGCAGAGGCUCAAGAAGAUACCGAGUCCCAUCAAACACCUACUUCGAGACGAUGCGAAGCCCACGGACCCCCUGCCGAAGCCGACCUGGGGAGCUCCAAAUGCCCCUCCCCUCAUCGGAGCCGUCCACUGUCGUGAGAGGGAGGCGAAUGAAUCCCCACCGCCUGAACCGACGCCAGAGCCAACGCCAGCCCCCCUUGACCCGAUUCGCCGACCAUCCCUGAUGCAGUCGGCGCGUACUGCCGACGGCCACGGUGACAUCACCAUGGGUAACACGUCGCACUUCUCGAGGCUACCGGCACCGCCGACGCCUACGGCGGGCCAGGCCAACGCGUUUGUGCCUCAUUUCGCACCGCGACCCAGUCCCACCCCGGUCCCGGUCCCUGCGUACGGCGUGCAUGGCUAUGCAGGCGGACACGCAACGCCUCAGAUGCCGCAAACGCCACACUACCAGUCGCAUCAACCGUCGCACCCUCCACCAGCCUUCAACGGAUACCAGCCUCAGUACGGCGCAACGCCGGUGCCCUUGGCCCAACAGCCUCACCACACACCUCACCAGAUGAGCAAUCCCCUAACCGGCUACGAGCCGCAGCAGCGCGUGGCGCCGUCACCUGUGCGCAACUCGAUAGCUCCCGUGCCCAACCCCGUCGCGCACCCUCAAGCAAACGCAUACAAUCCACCGCGUCCGGUCGAGGUCUACAAAUUGGACGACGCGACAGACGCCGCCAUCCCGGAACCAGUCCGCGAGCAGUUCCUGCGCGACGAGACCGGCAGUGUCCUGUUCUUCACGCAACCCCCGCUGGACCGAGCCCACCGCGGCGUUGCUAAGGAAAGUGCCGGCCUCGGUCACAGCGCCCGCUACCUUGCCGACCGCGCACGCGAGGUGCAGGACCGUCGCGCCAAGCGAAAGGCAAGAGACGAGCUGCGGAAGGAGGAAGAACAGAAGCGACUACAGAUGGACGAAACGGCGGGAGAACAGCGCCGGCAGCAGCAAGUCGAGAUAGGGUCCAAGGCCUACGUUGCGUGGUGUACGAGUCUGCAGAGAGAAGCCGAUAAGCUGCAGGAGACGUACGGCGGUUGGAGUGUCAAGGACGAGGAGAUUGACAAGGUCGGAGAGGUCAUCAAACGGGCCAAGGAUUCCAGCAAUAAGACUUGA